AUGACUGGGACAGACGCAAAGCAGGAUCACGACGUCGCCCAUCUCGAGAGACGCGGAUCAGACAGUGCAGACGGGCUUCCCGUGGCCAAACAGCAAAUUAACCAAGACCAACCCGACAUUUACAUUGAGGCGCUCGCGCGAUAUCCCAACGAUGAGUCGAUUGAUGCAGCGGAUGAGAAGCGCUUGGUGCACAAGCUGGACAUGCGCAUCCUGCCUCUCCUAGGCAUUUGCUACUUCUUUUAUUACGUCGACAAGACAACACUAUCGUACGCGGCCAUUUUCGGCAUCAAAGAUUCGCUACACCUGGGAAAGUCGGAGUACUCGUGGCUAUCCAGCAGCUUCUAUUUUGGCUGGCUGAUCUGGGCGAUCCCUUCCAAUCUCAUCAUGCAGCGAAGCCCCGUGGCGACAUAUCUGUCAUUCAACAUCUUCAUGUGGGGAGCGCUGCUGAUGGCGCAGGCGGCGGCGCACAACUUUGCCGGGCUCGUCGCGCUGCGCAUCCUGUCGGGCGCGUUCGAGGCGAUUGCGGACCCUGCAUUUAUGCUCAUCACAUCCAUGUACUACACGCGCGAGGAGCAGCCGAUGAGGAUUUCGGCGUGGUACAUGUGGAACGGCAUUGGUGUCGCCGGCGGAGGUCUCAUCGGCUACGGAAUCGGCCAGAUUCAAGGCGCGUUGGUCUCGUGGCGCUAUGAAUUCAUCAUUGUCGGUGCCUUCUGCGCGUCCUGGGCCAUUGUCUUGUUCAUCGCUCUGCCAAACUCGCCGCGCACCAUCUGGGGCUUCACGCAUGAGGAUAAGCUCAUCAUGAUUGCGCGCGUGCGCCGCAAUCAAACUGGCAUUGAACAGCGCCGCAUAAACUGGAAGCAGAUUAAAGAGGCAUACCUCGACUACAAGACGUGGCUCUUCACCUUGCUCGGGUUCGUCGCCAAUAUUCCCAACGGUGGCAUCUCCAACUUCUCGACACUCGUCAUCAAAGGCCUUGGUUUUGAUACGGAGGAAACGGCACUGCUGGGCAUCCCGCAGGGUGUGCUGGUCGUCAUCUGGAUUGGUCUUGGAGCGCUGGCAAACAAAUACAUGCCGGCCAACAGCCGAACGAUUGUGUGCAUCAUAUUUAUGAUGCCUACGAUUGCCGGCGCAUUGGGGUUCCUUCUUGCGCCGCACGAUGCCUAUGUUGGGCGCUUGAUCUGCUUCUACCUCACUGGCUCAUACCAGGCCGCAUUCGUCAUUUCUCUUUCCCUCAUCACUUCCAACACAGGCGGGCAGUCGAAAAAGAUGAUUGUGUCUGGCAUGAUUUGGUUUGGUGCAUGCAUCGGCAACAUCAUCAGCCCCUUCUUCUACAAGGACGACCAGGCGCCGUCGUACCAGCUGGGGAUUGGAUCACUCUUGACGGCAAACUGUAUUGAGGUUCUCUUGUUCUUUGUCUUCCGUUAUGCAUUCAAGUGGGAGAAUAGAAAGAAGGAGAAACUACGCGCUGCAAUGCAGGAAACCAGUGAAGGGGUCGCAGCUCUGAAUGAGACUGCGUUUACGGAUAUGACGGACAAGGAGAACCCCAAUUUUGUCUAUGUUUACUAG